GGGACUUCCUCUGCCUGGCUCCGCCUCUUGCCCCGGAAGUACUCACAGAGGACGGUGGUUUUUGGGCCCGUUUCUGAGCAGCGCUUCCUUUUAGUCCGACAUCUUGGCGAGGCUGUGGUGUCUGUUGCUACUCUCCGAGCUUCGCAAUGCCGCCCAAGGACGACAAGAAGAAGAAGGACGCUGGAAAGUCGGCCAAGAAAGACAAAGACCCAGUGAACAAAUCCGGGGGCAAGGCCAAAAAGAAGAAGUGGUCCAAAGGCAAAGUUCGGGACAAGCUCAAUAACUUAGUCUUGUUUGACAAAGCUACCUAUGACAAACUCUGUAAGGAAGUUCCCAACUAUAAACUUAUAACCCCAGCUGUGGUCUCUGAGAGACUGAAGAUUCGAGGCUCCCUGGCCAGGGCAGCCCUUCAGGAGCUCCUUAGUAAAGGACUUAUCAAACUGGUUUCAAAGCACAGAGCUCAAGUAAUUUACACCAGAAAUACCAAGGGUGGAGAUGCUCCAGCUGCUGGUGAAGAUGCAUGAAUAGGUCCAACCAGCUGUACAUUUGGAAAAAUAAAACUUUAUUAAAUCAAA